CUCAGAUGCAUAUUACCCUCUCGUCGCCCAGCCUGCGGCCUGUGGUGGCCUCUUGCUUUCAAUUUCUUCGAGUUGCACGGCCAAGAGACCUACCUAAUACACGUCAACGGCUGGGGUUUUUGUCGGUGUACUACGGAAUCGUGGACCACGCAAGGCCGGUCGCAACCUACAAGUCGAGUCACACGCGGCAGACACAAAGUACGACAAGGAGCUGUGCUCCGCCAGGGCACCGGGUGUCUCAACCUACCGGUCACAGAAGGAGAUCGCGCGUGAUUAAAAGAGCAGGACAUUGUUGGGGAGUGAUAGGAGGGAGUGGAGGGAGUUUUCUACCAUCGCAGUAUCCAUAUACGACAUACAACCCGGAGACCACGAUAUGAUGCUCUCAACAUUCCUUGCCAUCGCCGGCGCGGCGCUGGCAUCCGCACACACAAUCAUCACAUACCCGGGGUGGAGAGGUAACAACCUGAUUACAAACUCGACAUUCCCCUAUGGCAUGCAAUGGAUGUAUCCAUGUGGCGGCUUUCCUACAACAGAAAACCGAACCUUCUGGUCAACGAAGGGCGGCGCCCUCUCCUUCCAGCCCGGUUGGUUCCAGGGCCACGCAACAGCAUUCAUCUACGUCAACCUGGGCUUCGGCAACGAGGGCCCUGAGCUCGCCCCGCAACUCGCCGGGCCUCCGAACAUGAGCUUCCCGAUGGUGCCCCCCUUCCAGAUCAUCGGCCCUACCAAGCAGCCCUACCCGGGUACGGUAUGUCUGCCGCAGGUGCCGCUGCCGGCGGGGGCGAACGUCAAGCCGGGCGACAACGCCACCAUCCAGCUGGUGGAGCUGGCCGUCCACGGCGCAGCGCUCUACUCGUGCGUCGACAUCACCUUUGCCGAACCGGGCGACCCGCGCAUCCCCGAGGUCAACGAGACCAACUGCUUCAACAGUACCGACAUCGGCGUCGCCGACAUCUACACCCUGACCAUCCGCGACUCCGGCCAGGUCAACGCCACCACCACCAGCGGCGCCGUGCCGGCAGCAGCACUGGCGCUGAAUGGCGGCAGUGCGUUGGCGCUUUUGCUGGCUGGGCUGUGGGCGUUGCUGUGAGGUUAGGAAGAUCAAGGAGGUGGUGGGAUGGGGGUUACUGGAGGUGGAAACACUCGGGCUGAGAGGUAUGCGACGUUUGAGGGGAAGUUCGCUACCUCCUGUAUAUAUCUCUUUUCUCUGGCAUCUGGAUUGGCGUUCUCUUGUGUCGCGGGAUAUCUCCCGGGAUGGGUUUGGUAUAUCCGACUGAGGUC